AUGGGAUUUUCUUGGUGUGAGUGGGGGGUCUCGGGUAGAUCAGGUCUCAUCAUUUUUUUUCUCCUAUCAUAUGUUCCUUUUUUCCAUGACUUCUUCCGUACUACUUACCCUUUGAUCAAGGGUUAUUAUCUGCACACAACUUUUUUUUGGUUGGACAGGGGUGCGUGGGGUGAUUAG